AUGCUGCUGUACCUGCUGGCCCUCGUGGGCCUGUACUAUCUUGUGCGCUGGUACCUGGAGAGGAAGGUGGUGAGCCACCUCCAAGACAAGUAUGUGUUCAUCACAGGCUGUGACUCGGGCUUCGGGAAUCUGCUGGCCAGUCGGCUGGACACGCGAGGCCUGAGAGUGCUGGCUGCCUGUCUGACAGAAGAAGGGGCUGAGCAGCUGAGGAAGCAGACGUCGGGCCGGCUGCAGACAGUGAUCCUGGAUGUCACCCAGACAGAGAGCAUCGCUGCAGCCACUGAGUGGGUGAAGGAAUGUGUGGGAGACAGAGGACUCUGGGGCCUGGUGAAUAAUGCUGGCAUCUCCUUUCCCUCUGCUCCCAAUGAGUGGCUGAACAAGCAGGACUUCAUGAACAUAAUCAACGUGAACCUGUUGGGUGUCAUCGAGGUGACUCUGGGCCUGCUGUCUUUAGUAAGAAAGGCGCAAGGUCGUGUGGUCAAUGUCUCCAGUGUCAUGGGCCGGCUGACACUCUAUGGUGGUGGCUACAGCAUCUCCAAGUAUGGUGUGGAGGCCUUUUCGGACAGCCUCAGGAGGGAGCUCUCCUAUUUUGGGGUGAAGGUGGCUAUUAUUGAGCCUGGUUUAUUCCAAACCAACAUGACUAAGACAGAAACAUUUAUACGACACACAAAGGAGUUGUGGAACCGGGUCAGCUCAGACGUCAAGGAAGUCUAUGGCGAGAGGCUUCUGGAAUUCUAUACCAAAUAUGCUACAUUAGUGGAUACAGUGUGGAAAUCAGAUGUGAACUCAGUGAUAAAUUGCAUGGAACAUGCACUGACGUCCUGUCACCCCCGCACCCGGUACUCACCUGGCUGGGAUGCCAAGCUCUUUUACCUCCCCAUGAGCUACCUGCCCACAUUCCUGCUGGAUGCCUUUGUGUACUUGGUCGUCCCAAAGCCAGAAAAAGCUCUGUAA